UUGUCAAACGACUCAGCAGGAACUAUCAAGAUGGCGAACAUGGACGUGUUAGCCAAAACAAUAACGAAGGAUUAUGUGGAUGAUGUGGAGAGAUCUGACAGUGUGGAUGAAAAUGAAUAUGGACCUGGUGAAGAUGGAGCUAAAAAAGCUGAUAACAUGGAUAUUGCCAGGGUGGAAAGACACAAGAGAAGAAAACACAAACAUCGAAGCAAGCACAGAAAACAUAAAUAUCCCUCACCAGAUGAGAGGGACCACAAGCACAAGUACAAACACAAGCAUAAGCGGAAACACAGAGACUCACUCCAGGAUGAUAGAGACUGUUCUGCUGGCUGUGAAGGUGCAGUCAUCUCUCCAAAGCGAUCCAGACUUGAUGACCUUGCUGCUCUGGAGGACCUGGAGAAACAAAGAGCCAUGAUUCAAGCAGAGCUUGAUAAUGAGCUGAUGGAAGGGGCUGUGCAAUCAGGUAUGGGACUGAUAUUACAGGGUUAUAACUCAGAUUCAGAGGAGGAUGGGGAGAUCCAGCAAGCUGUGCAAAAUGGUGAGCAACAGAGACAAGGUUUUGAUGCUCGGGAACAUGCUGGAAGAUCUCGACAGGAUUACAUAUAUAAUGACAAAAUUGAUCCCUGGUUGGAAGACAGAAGCAUGUCUGAUGAAAUGGCAGUCCAGGCCCAUAAAUCAGAAAAAAGAGUUAGUAAGACUGGGUCAGAAGUUAACAUCAGUGAGAAACCUAGUGGUCCCAUCCAAGCGAGGGAGCGGAGACGAUCCCGGAGCAUUGAGAGAUCCAAAGAUGGUGGUCAGAGGUCUAAAUCUCCUGUGAAGUCCAAGGACUUGCCAUCAAGCAACAAAAAAUCAACUACACGGCCUGAAGAGCAAAUUGAAGACCACAGAUCCUCAGAAAGAAGGAGCAGGUCUAGAUCUAAAGAAAGAAACACAAACUCGCCAGAAGCUGACAGGGAGAGAGACAAGAAAUCAGUGAAAGCACCCUCAAAAGAAGCCUCAUCUGGAAAAGAGAAUCGAUCUCCUAGCAGAAAACAACCUCCAGAACAACACAGCCUGUCUGUGCGGCCCAGGGGCCACUGCUCACCUGAACACAUCCCUGUUGUCCAGAGUACAGACAGGGCAUCCAGACAGGACAGAUCUUCAUGUCACAACAGAUCCCCUCCAAGGAGAGGCCGAUCUCGGUCUGUUGAGAGAAGACAGAGAGAAGAAGAACGACAGAGACUCUCCAACGACAGGAUGCGAUCUCGUGAUGUGGCAGGGGGCCGUAGCGAGGAGAGUCCCUCUCUGAACUCCAGACGAAGGUUAAACCACCCGCCUGUCAGACGAAGGUCCCGUUCUCCCAGGAGACGAACCGGCAGGUCUCCUCUCAGACACAGUAGAAUCAUAUUGUGUAGAUCUAGGGAGCGUGACAGGACAGAGCGCAGACAGCAGGUACACUCGGGAUCACAGGAAAGGCGGAAGAGAAGGAGCAGGGAAAGAGAGGACAUGUUUAAGGGCAGUCUAUCUGAAGGAAUGAAGCCUGAGCAGGAGGACUCGGAUGAUGACGUGCUGGAAGAUUAUGACGUUGAUGAAGAGGACGAGGAGGCUUUGAUAGAACAGAGGAGACUUCAGCGCUUGGCUAUCGUGCAGAAGUAUAAGCCAGUAAAUGAGGACAGUAACAUGUCAGGACUCUCAGAACAUGGCAGUCCUCAGAGUAGCACUCACAGCCGAUCGCCAUCUCCCGAUGACAUCCUUGAGCGUGUGGCUGCUGAUGUCAAAGCCUACGAGCAAGAGAACCUGAACACGUUUGAGGAUAAUGUGAAAGCCAAGCAUAGUCUUGUCUCUCAAGAAAAAGAUGGUGCUAAUCUGAAAAAGCCACCAGCGCCAGAUAUGUUCACAGAGUCAGAUGACAUGUUCGCUGCUUACUUUGACAGUGCCAGGUUACGGGCCGCAGGCAUUGGCAAGGACUUCAAGGAGAACCCAAGUCUCAGAGAUAACUGGACAGAUGCAGAAGGCUAUUACCGUGUGAACAUUGGCGAGGUGUUGGACAAACGGUACGGGGUGUAUGGCUACACUGGACAGGGUGUCUUCAGCAAUGUGAUCCGAGCCAGAGACUUGGCCCGAGCCAAUCAGGAAGUGGCAGUGAAAAUAAUACGCAACAAUGAGAUGAUGCAAAAGACUGGACUCAAAGAGCUGGAGUUUCUGAAGAAACUGAAUGACGCCGAUGCAGAUGAUAAGUUCCACUGUUUGCGGCUCUUUAGGCACUUUUAUCACAAGCAGCAUCUGUGUCUGGUGUUCGAACCACUCAGCAUGAACCUGCGGGAGGUGUUGAGGAAAUAUGGCAAGGACGUUGGGCUACACAUCAAGGCUGUGCGUUCGUACAGCCAGCAGCUUUUCCUGGCCCUCAAACUCCUCAAGCGCUGCAACAUCCUGCAUGCUGACAUCAAACCCGACAACAUUUUAGUGAACGAAUCCAAGACCAUCCUCAAGUUGUGCGACUUUGGCUCAGCAUCACAUGUGGCUGACAAUGACAUAACACCAUAUCUGGUCAGCCGCUUCUACAGGGCACCUGAGAUCAUCAUCGGAAAGUCGUAUGAUUACGGAAUCGAUAUGUGGUCUGUGGGCUGCACUCUCUAUGAACUAUACACAGGAAAAAUCCUUUUCCCUGGGAAGACAAAUAACCACAUGCUAAAACUUGCCAUGGACCUGAAAGGAAAACUGCCUAAUAAAAUGAUCAGGAAGGGUCUGUUCAAGGACCAGCACUUUGACCAAAACUUGAACUUUUUGUAUACAGAGGUCGAUAAGGUCACUGAGAGGGAAAAGAUCACGGUCAUGAGUACCAUUAACCCAGCUAAGGACCUGUCGAUGGACAUGGUGGGUCGCCAGGUGCUACCAGAGGACCAGCGAAAGAAGGUUGUUCAGCUCAAAGAUCUGUUGGACCAAAUUCUGAUGCUGGAUCCUGCCAAGCGGAUCACCAUCAAUCAGGCAUUACAGCAUCCUUUCAUCCAGGAGAGGAUAUGAUCAGCAGCAUACCUCAGAGAUUAAUGAUGGUUUUGUAUCUACAGAUAUGACUCAGACAACAAAAGACGUUUGUAUAUUUUAUUGCCAUGCUAUUUUAUUUUAGUCUCUGAUUUGUAGUAAGGAGAGCAGGACACAAUCAAGAUUUACUUUAUUUUAUUAUUAUUAGAUGACCUACAAGACAUCCUGUAAGCUGUAAAUCUUUCAGAAAACAAAAAAUCUUUCAAGAAAUUAUAUUGUUCGCAUUGCAUGCUUUAUACACAGCUUCUUGCUAAUAAUAAUUUCAAAUAUAUUUGAUAUUAUGCUCAAUGUUCAGAAUGUAAAAAUAUCCAUUUGUGUGCUAAGUUCACAGACCUUAUAUUUUAUGUAAGAUUCUAGAAUUUGAUGUAAACGAAAUAUUACUCAACCACCAAGGACUGUUUAGAGUGUGACAUAAGUAAGACCAGCAUAAAUGCUGUGUAUAUCCACCCUCCCUUAGGUGUGAGAGUGAGAACUCAACCUGGCGUGCAGGCCCAUGGCAUGCCCCUUGCCCUAGGUGUGUUUCUGCUGAAUCUGAGGUCUUGGGUCCUGCUUGACCUGGUCUGCAGGGAAAGCCUCCUCUGUAAAGGCAGGUUGUACACCUCUAUCGGUACACUGAAGGGGUUUUCCUGCUCUGAUCUAUGAAUCUGCUUGUUACAAGCGGUAAUUGCUUCUUUAUUCAUAUCUCAAUUCCUUGUGUUCCAAAUCUAUACAACGGUCAUAAAGUAUGCUGGAAGAAUUAUCUGCCUGUUAUUUUUGCAAAGCCUGUCCUGCAUGAUAAUGGAAUAAUUUGAAUUUACUGUAAAUUCGCAUUAUUUGUUAUCAUUAAACAAUAUAAAAAUAAAGCUGUUUUGUGGUGAAAAAAACAUGAAUUUAAACUUCCCACAAGUUGUCCGUCUUCCAAGAAUUUCAUGCAAGUUAAUCAUAACACUGUAAGAACAUUAUUCAGCAUUUUAGGAAGCUUAUGGUGGGUUUUGUUUCAUCAAAACUAACUGCUGUUUGUGCUGUUUCUCCCACUGUUUCUUGUGUUCGAGUAUAUUCUCUGGCCAAUGGAGACAUGUCUGUCCAUCAUCCUCCUGCCUGCCUCUGCUUUCAAAAGGAUGAGACCUCUUCAAGGCCCUUUAUCCAGGUCACUCCUAAAGGCAUGUUUAGAUCCAACACAAAGCAAAGCUUUGAUUAGAAAUGAACAGCCAGUUCAGAGGCUAAUUCUCAUAGGAUUAAUGUUCCCAUCUCAUGUGUAGUAUUAAUUAAUGUCUAAUUUCUAAUCUAGCUUUUUAGGGCUGUAGAUAUUAGAUGACAUUAAUGAAUUUGGCAGCAGACAAUGGGUUUUCAGACCCCAAAUUUAUUGAUAGGGGCCCUUUUCUUAAAUAUAAGGGCAGCUGUAUAUUUUCCUGUAUUAAAACCCUUUUAUUUUAUAAAUGAA